CCGAGCAUGCAGUGCUUCCCCAGCCUGGUGCUGGCCCUCAGCUCGCUGCUGGGCGCCCUGGCGCUGCUGCAGCUCUCGCUGUACCUCCGGGUGCCGUCCCGCUACGGGAAGCACGAGGAGCGGCUGUGCCGGCCGCGGGGUCGGCUGCCGGCGCGCUGCGCCUGGUUCCUGCAGGAGCUGCCCUCCUUCCUGGUGCCCGCGCUGCUGCUGGCGCUGCGCAGCCCGCCCCGCCUUGAGCCGCUCGGCUGCCGCCUCCUCUGCUGCCUCUUCUGCUGGCACUACUUCUACAGGACAUUUAUUUACCCCUUCUUCACUAGAGGCAGACCUUUCCCACUGCAAUUGCUUUUCUUUGGCACAUUAUUCUGUAUCUAUAAUGGCUUCCUCCAGGGGUACUACCUGAUUUACUGUGCUGAAUAUCCAAAUGAUUGGUGCACCGACAUCAGAUUUACAUCAGGCCUCCUCUUAUUUCUCCUGGGAAUGGGAAUCAACAUUCACAGUGAUCUCCUGCUGCGCCAGCUGAGGAAACCUGGGGAAGUCACUUACAAGAUUCCUCAAGGGGGACUGUUCACCUACGUUUCUGGAGCCAACUACUUUGGAGAAAUUGUGGAAUGGUUUGGUUUUGCCAUAGCAACCUGGUCUCUACCAGCCUUCGCUUUUGCCUUUUUUACUCUUUGCUGCAUCGGGCCACGUGCUUAUCAUCAUCACAGGUUCUAUCUCAAGACAUUUAUGGACUAUCCAAAAUCAAGGAAAGCCUUGAUUCCUUUUGUUUUUUAA